AACCCUCCUGCUCUCGAAACCCACUCACCCAAAUCACGAACAACGCACCCGAACCCUCAUCCUCACCCGGCGACCCGAAGCCCUUGUUCGGCGACUGGGCCCCACCCCGUCCCCUAUGGCGGGGCCUCUCCGUCCCCUUCCUCACGCUCCUUGGGCGUGUGUCUUCUCACAGCGUCGUUCGUGGGCAUGGCCUUCACCAUUCAGUUCGUGCGUGAGUUCACCAGGCUUGGACUCCAGCGGUCGGUUGGUGGGGUCCUUGCUCUCGCCUUUGCACGUGAGCUCAGCCCUGUCGUCACUGCCGUUGUUGUCGCUGGUCGGGUCGGGAGUGCUUAUGCGGCUGAGCUCGGUACUAUGCAGGUUUCUGAGCAGACUGAUACUCUUAGGGUACUUGGAACCCACCCUGUUGACUACCUUGUCACUCCUCGUGUCAUUGCCUGCUCUGUUGCGCUUCCCAUUCUUACUCUCAUGUGUUUCACUGUUGGAUUAGCGUCUAGUGCACUUCUUGCUGAUGCAGUAUAUGGCGUUAGUAUCAAUAUAAUAUUGGAUUCGGCUAGAAGGGCUUUGAGGCCUUGGGAUAUAGUGAGUGCAAUGAUAAAGUCGCAGAUAUUUGGUGGGAUUAUUGCGGUGGUAAGUUGCGCUUGGGGUGUGACGACACUCGGAGGAGCAAAGGGUGUUGGUGAGUCGACAACGUCGGCUGUGGUGAUCUCGCUCGUUGGAAUCUUUAUCGCAGAUUUUUUCCUAUCGUAUUGCUUCUUCCAGGGUGCAGGGGAUUCACUCAAAUAUGCUAUGGGUUAAGAAGGGGAGUGUCCCUCAAGUUUGUAUGGAAGAAUUGUUGUUUUGAUCUUCAUCUGAUCGGAUGUUUGUUAUGUGAAAUAUGUAGCCAACUUCCUUUUCAACUUAAUUAAGCUUCAAAGUUUUUCCCCAAA